GCAAUUGGAUGAAAAUUGGUGAGCUGAAAUUUCUUCCACCACUAUAAAUUUGUCAUCAAUUAAGGGACUUCCAGCUAGCCACUCCGAAUAAUACAGGGACAAUAAUGGCUAUUAUUAUACCUGAGUGUCCACUAGACUCCAAAGCUGAGAAAACCAUUCCACUCCUAGGCUUCGGUACAGCCGAAUAUCCAUUCGGUACCUCCUCAGAAUCCAUGAAAGAAAUCAUUCUUCAUGCAAUCAAGCUUGGAUACAGACAUUUUGACUCUGCUGCUCUUUACCAGUCCGAGUUGCCACUCGGGGAUGCCAUUGAAGAUGCUCUAAAUCUCGGCAUGGUUCAAUCACGAAACGAGCUUUUCAUCACUUCCAAGCUCUGGUGUAGUGAUGCACACCAUGAGUAUGUCCUGCCUGCAUUGCAAAAGACACUCAAGAAUCUAAAGUUGGAAUACCUUGAUCUCUAUUUGGUUCAUUGGCCAGUGAGCGUGAAGCCUGGUGAAUAUGAAUUGCCUGUCAAGAAGAAAGACCUUGUUCCUAUUGAUAUAAAUUCAGUAUGGGAAGCUAUGGAAGAGUGUCAAAGACUUGGCCUUGUCAAAUCCAUUGGAGUUAGCAACUUCUCUAUUAAGAAACUUGAAGUGUUACUUUCCAAAGCAAAUAUCCCACCGGCUGUAAAUCAAGUGGAGGUGAACCCUCUAUGGCGGCAAACUAAACUAAGAGAAUUUUGCAAGGAAAAGGGUAUAUUAAUCACAGCUUAUUCUCCAUUAGGAGCAAAAGGAACUCUAUGGGGAACAAAUUGGGUCAUGGAAUGUGAGGUACUGAAAGAGAUAGCUCAGAACAAAGGAAAAACAAUAGCUCAGGUUUGUUUGAGAUGGGUGUACGAGCAAGGGGUGAGCUUAUUAGUAAAGAGCUUUAACAAGACAAGGAUGCAAGAAAACCUUGAGAUAUUUGAUUGGAAGCUAAGUGCUGAAGAGUGCGAGAGGAUUAAUCAAAUAGAACAGCGAAAAGGAUUUCCUGGCAUAGAAUUCAUCUCCGAGGAAGGUCCUUACAAGUCUCUGGAGGAGCUUUGGGACGAGCAGAUUUGAAUGCGUAUUGCCAUCCUGUUAUUCAAAAAGAAUAAAAUGUAAUUUUGUUUUUUUCCCCUUCCACAUAUGCAUGUUUUUAUUAAAAUUUAUAAAAAAUAAAAAAAUAAUUGACCUCAUUUUGGGUGGAGUACAGGAUGUAAUCUUAUUAUUUGGAAAUGAUGAGAAUAAAGUCCAUGACUAGAAUUCUCCUUUUUCUUAAUUAAA